AAAACACACACAAACAGAGAGUUUAAAACCAAAGUCAAAACCCAAUAAAUUGUGAGACAUCAGAAUAGAGAAAUUGAGAGAAGUUGCCAAAAAUCGAAACUUUUGAAAAUUUUCACACUUCCGCCAUUAUCUCUUCUCCAAAAUUUUCCCCCUCCCGCGCCCAGAAAGUUCAGAAACCUCGCUUUGGAACCACAGAUUUUCAAAAAAAAAAAAAUGGCGACCCGGGAGCAAAGCCAAGAAGCCCUAGUUCAGGACGAAGUGGAAUCGGAAGAUGAGGAGGAGGAGGAAGGUGGAGAUGGAGAAGAAGACGAAGUUGAGAAGCUGGAAGCCCAGGUAAACGAAAUGGCCCAGAAAUUACUCAACUACAGAGCCACCUUCCCAGAUCAGCUCAAGUCCACUCUUUCUUCCGUUCUUGUUGCCCGCCGGCCACUCAUUCCGACCCAUUUCGAUUCCGGGUCAGAAUCCGAGCCCGGAACCUCUGACGACCCUAACCAAGAUGUGGUGAGACCUAUUGGGACUGGUAAUGAAGCCUCAGCAGGAAACGAACAGGAAAAUGAGAAGAUUAAACUCCUCAAACAGAAGAUUACAAGUAAUACCACCACCAUUCCAGUUGUCUUGAAGAGAAUGAAAGACUGUAUGAAAAGGAUUGAUGACCUUGACUCAGAUAAUGGGAUCACAAUCCAUCCUGUGUUUAAAAGAAAAAGAAAAACGGAUCUUCUUCUUCAGUAAUAUUUCUCCAUGUUAGGGUAAAAGUUUUGUUUAAGACCAUUUAAGAGGUGUUGUAUCUUAUUCUAUGACAAGUUCAAGCGUUGUAGAUGAUUGUAGAUGAUUGUUUGGUAGUCAACUCAGUAAACUUUGCAAUGUAUUAUAAUUCAAGUUCAGGUUUUGAUCACAUAUUGAAUACUUAGAUCUCUUAAUGUGGAGAUUGUCGAUCCAUAGUUGCUUUUGUUCAUGUAGAGUCAUAGUCUGUAAAGUUCUCUAUGGAAUUGGUCUGAGAGAUACUGUUGUACCUGGAGCAGGAAAUACCCAACUGCAAUAUUGUAUCUCAGUGCUGUUUUC